UACACACCCCAAGAGCUAAGGAAUACAAAAAUAUUCUUAAAAAUCACGACGUCAGACUUUGAAUCGGAUAUCCAUUUGACCAUACCGUCUGGAUACUACAAAGAUUAAGUUUCUGUGUACAAGUCCAUCACAUGUUCUCAAAAAAUAAAGUAGGAGAAAAAGGAACUGAAUGGUUGGUUGGUGAAGAAAGAUGAUACGUAGCUUCCGGUUUAGAGCUCCGACGAACCAUCCCGGUUCCUCCAUCAAAACCGACCACAGCCACCGGUUAAUCAGGUUUCCGACGAGAUGCUCGUCACCAGAUCUCAGCCAUUACACGGUUCUUGGUUUGACUCCUUUUGCAUCUCAAGCCGAAGUUAAGCGAGCCUUCAAACGUCUUGCUCUUAAGUACCAUCCAGAUGUCCAAAAGGGACAAAAGAAGGAUUUCAAGGAGAUCAUAUCAGCUUGCCAGUGUUUGAUGCAAAAGUUUGAGAAUCAAGAAGAAGAAGAAGUAGAGGAGCUAACAGAAUUGGAUGAAACCGACGAGUGGGAGGAAUGGAUGGGCUUCGAAGGUGGGAUACCAUCAUGCGUGUACACUUCUUUUUAGAGAAAAUAUCAACGUGUACUGGUUACACCAAAAUAGAGGUUUAAUUUGUUGGCCACCAUGUUUCGUGACUCGAGUAUAAUUUAUCGAUUAGUCACUUAUUUAAAUUUUAUUUUAACUUAAAUUGUUUGAAAUAAAUAUUACUUUAUGCGUUAUCACAUGUGAUAUAUAUAUAUUUUUUGCUAGAACAGAAUAACUCUCACAGAUUAAUUAAGUGUGAUUGAAAGUCCUUCUAGUUCUUGAAUAGCUUUUAUUGAGUAAAAACAGAUUUUCACCAGGUUACGUCAGUACAACCCAACCAAGAUAAAAAUAGUUACUCUGGUGUAAAGUAUUGUCUUUUGUGGCUUUCUGAA